AUGGAAUCGGACGAAGAAUUUGAUGAAAUUUAUGAUGAAAUCGAUCGUUAUCAUUUGUCGCUAGAUAUUGCUGACCAAGCUAAUAGUUCUACUGUUUCUCGAAGACCAGAAGAAGUAUUGAAUGUUGAGGGUGAUUCUCACACUGAAGAAAGUGACGAUGAUAAAUCCAGCAGCACUUUUUCAGAUUCUGUGAUUGCACAAUAUAUUUCAGUAUUACCUUCGGCGGAUAAGUGGGGCAAUAGCCGAAAAGGCUUUUAUCAUACUUCAUAUGUUGAUGAAGAUUGGGGUGGAAUGAAUGAAGCGGAAGUAGAAUUAGCUGAAUUAGAAGAAGAAGAUGCCGUUACUAGACAGAAAAAGUUGGAUGCUGCUUUGAAUCACAUUCCUAUGCAAUUUCAGCAAGAAUUGCAAGAAGUAGAUGCUGAUUCUAACGAAGUUCCCAGUGUUGGAAGUAUGACUUCGCAGGAAAAACUUGAAUUCUUUCUGAAAUUAAAUUCUGAUUUAAAGGAAUUAUAUGAUGAAUAUCAUGCUAAAAGGAUUUAUUUCUUAGCUAAUGUGAUUCCUUUGCUCGAUUUGGUUACUUUGAUCAGAAACAAAAGUCCGGGGAUAGUACUGGAAAAGCAGAUAGCAUUUGUGGUGAACAUAUUUUCUAGGUAUUUAAUGAAUUUGUUGUUCGCUAUUCGUAUAAAAGUUGUUGGUUAUUCAAAGCAUGAGGUUCCACAAUUUAUCGAUCAUCCUAUUUUACAGGCUAUCCCAACUAUUCGAAAUAAAGUACUCACUGCUGAGCAUUAUUUGGAAAAAAAUGGGGGCUUCCAAAUAUUACGGUCGUAUUUGGAAUCCAUCAGUUCGGAGACUGUAUCCAAUUCAUUUCGAACUUUUCCCUCUAUUAAAGAGCGGAUAAGAAAUCCUUCAAAGAAAAAGCAUGAAAAGGAAGGCGAAGUUGUCAGUGGUAGAGAUGAUGUGCUGCAAGAAGUGAAGGAUAAAAAGCGCGCAAUAACUAGUCAGAUUGAAAAGAAUAGGGGUUUACAAAACAAACGAAAAAAAGGAACACAGCAUUCACGAGUGAAAAAGAGAAAGCAGUUCCAGAAGGCUCUGGUUAAGAAACAUUCGCAAAAGGCUGAUGUUCGCAGAGAGCUUGCACCUUAUGGAGGUGAGUACCGAGGAAUUAGGGCUUCGGUCGUGAAAAGUGUGAAGCUGAAAGCGUAG